GGCGUUUCUUCCAGGCGGCGGGAGAAGCUCUUUUCCCCGCCAUGGCUGCUUUGCCGUUCCUGCUGCUGAUCCCGGCCGUGGGCAGUUUCCUUUUCACGUUCGGGACCGGCGUGGAGCUGAUCCGCUUCAUUUCCCUCCGCGCCCUGUUUCUGCAGCUGCCCGCCGGGGCUGCGCCCCCUCCCCGCGGACCCGGCGCGAAUCAAGAUGUCGCCUCUAAUCUUCAGUGGACAACUGCCCUAAGGGAUCCCAAGAUUCUGCACCCCCUAACAGUGGAUGUGGGCCUGAUUGUCCUUUUUAUCCUGCAGCACAGCCUUAUGGCUUCUGACUGGGUCAAACAUUGGACCUGCAACUGCUUUGGGGUCUUGCAAAGAUCUAUCUAUGUUUUUUGCACAGACUUAACCCUUCAGUUGCUGAUGAGGUAUUGGCAGCCAGUACAGGAUGGUCCUAUGCUCUGGAAUACGAAUACUGAGCCAUGGAUCACUUGGGUUCCACUCAUCUGCUUUAUCCUCCAUUUCAUCUCCUGGCUAAUCAUCUUUAGCAUCAUCCUCAUCUUUGAUUAUGCAGAACUGAUGGGGGUCAAACAGGUUUAUUACUACUGCUUGGGCAUGGGUGACCCUUUGGCUGUGAAGUCCUCACGGGCCAUUCGCCUCUACUCCCACCUUCGCCAUCCGUUGUAUUUGGAGUUCCUCCUCAUCCUCUGGGCUGUUCCCUGCCUCUCCCUUGACCGCCUGCUUCUGGCCUUCCUCUUCACAGUCUAUCUUACCUGUGCUCACAGCCUUGAUCACCAAGAUUACCUCUACCUCCGUGCCCAGCUGGACAAGAAGUUCCAGAUCUUCUCCCGGGAAGAGGCAGCUUAUGGGGGCUUGUUGGCUCAAAAUGGCCCCUCAGACUACAAGGACAACUGAGCAAGGGUGUGGAUAGGUACCAGUUUUGGUUGCUGUGGGGGGGGUCUGGCUUUUUGGGGGGGUCUGGCUGCCAGGUCCCUGCUUGCAAAGCACUGAAUGAUACGCCACAUCUUAUCUUGGUCAUGUUUUUACACAUACAGGACUUGGUGGGUUACCAGAAAAAUUAUGAGUUCUGGCAUCCAGUGGACCCAGUCUCUUGUAACUCCUUAAAAAAUCUUUCCUAAGCUGGUGUUCUCCAGAUGUUAUGGACUGGAACUCCAUUGUCCUCGAUAGCGGUAGUAGAUGGAGAUGGUAGGAGGUUUAGUCCAACAUGUUUGAAGAAUGUCAAAUUGGGAAAGUCUGGACUGAAACACACUAAGUUCCAUUUGUAUUGCUAGAUCAUGGCAUGGAGGUGCCGUUUAGUUUAUGGGAGGAGGCUGGAAUGACUGAUGCCUGGGUUGAUCCCAGCCUAGAGUAUUAAGGAGAUUCAUUUGGACCAUGAAGUUUUCUCACUUACUCUAAUGAGAAUCCUUAGUAAUGACUGAAGUCUAGCUACAGUUGGCUUUUUUUCCUGGCAGGCUCUGGAUUUGAUGCUUGCGUGGCAGGCAAGCAGUUGGUUAAACAAACGUGUCCGGCUCUGGAAAAGGGCCGUUUGUUGGGAUUUGGCUGUUUUUAAGAGCAUAGCGGCCUUUUCUGGGUGAAAAAUGGGGGAUGUUACUCCCCUUUCUUUCUUUCAUGCUCUGCUCAUGCAAAAAGCUCCUCCUUUAAAAAUUAACAGCACGUUUUUAUUUAUUUCAAAUGAGCUUUUACUGAGCUUUUGCCACAAUGAUUUUUAAUCAUAGUGUUUUAACCUCUGCCAACAUGCAAUAAUUAUGUUUUAAAAUACUAGCAGCCAAGUGCACUUAUUUGGGGGAGUAUGUUAUGAGGGGAUUAUAGAUACAUUUCUUCAAUAUGAUAGUAAGGAAGCACAUAUAUGCAUGUGUGUGUGUGUGUGUGUGUGUGUGUGUGUGUGUGUAUGUGAUUUAAGCUGCUUAAUUAUGGCUGCAAAGGUGUCUUGUUUCUGAGAUGAAAGCUUACUUGGAUCAUAGAAGGAAAGCAGCAUUCAAAAAACUUCCAGUCCAAAGGCUAAUACUAAUAUCUUAAUAUUAGAUAUUCAUAAGUGAUUUCCAAAUCUCUCAUCGGAAUAUUUUUUUUAAAAGAUCACCUUGAUUAAUGGAAACUUUGCCCGCGUUGGAGUUCUCUGAUACAGCUGUCCUUGCACCAAAUACUCCUUUAAAAAGUCCUCUUUAAUUUGGCAUCUUGUAGACUCACUGGAUUACAGCUCCCCUCCUCUCCCGCUGUCAUGUCACGUGGGUGAUGUGAGAGACUUACAUCUCAGGGGCAUCCAGCAGCAUCCACAGGGAGGGUCAAAAAAGUUAGGAUAGUGGGCAUGAUUGAAGUCCCACCCCUUUUGUAGGUGUAUAAAGGAGCAGGACUUCCAUUGAGGUAUCAUGAUGACCAUCUUGAGCUUUUGAACCCCUCCUCAUGGGAUGCCUCUGGGGGCUCCAGUUUGGGAAGAUUGUGGACAAUGGAAGUCCUGCACUUGAAAGUCCUUCAACAUCCUAUGUGGAAUAUGUCCCAUCACUCCAACACUAGGAGUAAAAUGCCUGAUUUCUUCCUGGGUCCACUUGUCUAUUUUGUUGUAAUUCUUCAUUUUGUUAAAGGUACAAGAACCUUCUAAAUAUAGCAGGAAAAUUUCUAGGCUGUUGCUGCUUAACUAAGGCCUGCUUCUGCUGCCUUAUUUUACAGUGAACUGGAACACGAUCAGUAAUGCUUUCAAAAUGUUGCUAUGCCCUGGUUGUAGAUGUAUAUUUUAAUUCUGUAUCUCAAUGCUAAUGAAGCUUUUUAAAAAAAGUAAUCUUGGAUUUCAAUGCAAAAAAAAAUGUAAUCUAUUUUUUUUAAAAAGAUAACACCUUUGCUUGUUUACCUGUGUUUUAUGUUGAAAGUUGGCUUUAAAGCCUAUGACCUUCCUUGUAAGUGGAUUCCCAACUCCUAUUUCUAAUCAACAUGUCCAGUGGUUAGGGUAGGAUGGAAGUUGUAAUUCAGUAUUUUUUUAAAAAACACAUUUUAACAUUUUUUGCUAAAUUGUUUUGCUGAACAUUGGCAGGUAAUCUCUCAGAUUCAUAAAUCACAUUAAGCCAUGAUUUGUUUAACCAUGGUUCAUUGAAUAAGCUAUUGUUGCUUGAGUAUACAUGACACGUUAAACCAAAACCAAACACACCAUGCUAACAGCCAAGUAAAAUAAGUGAAUCAGGUGAGAGACAAGGCCCACACUAUGGUUUAUGCUGUGUGAAUCCAAUCACAGGUAGAUGUUUCUUAAUGUGUUUGGUAGAAAUCCUUUCUUCUCCAGCUCCAGUGGUGCUCCAGGGGUUGGAUGCUCAGCAGAACUUUCAGACAAUAAUUCAGCACAAGCUUCCACCUGCAUAAAAGUCCUUCCAACCCACAAAACCCUUGGAAGUUGAGACCCUUUGUAACAGGUGAGUCCACAACAAGAAUAUCCUUUGGAGGAAGAGAAAAAUCUCAUUGACUUUCUUGCACAAUGCAUCAUUGUCCGGUCAGUAGGGAGACAGGGUUAGUGGCCCUGGAGGUGUGCAACACCUUACCUUAAUCCUAUCCUCUUUAUUACCAAAGAAAACAUCUUUUCUUCAUUCCUUUUAUACCGCAAAAAUACUUUGAGGCUCUUUUUGUAUCAUUAAAUGUUGCCCUUUGUAUGAGUCAUACAUAUACGGCACGUGAACAUCCUGCCCAAACACCCCAGUGCACGGACCUUUCUGCAUAUGCAUCUAAAGAUUAGGAGCAGGUAACCAACAGCUCUCAGCAGGUAAAGGAUCAGGCAACCCUCAGCUGUAAAACCCUUUUAUUAGAAACACCAAGGUGCAGAAAUGAGGCCUUCUUCAUUCAAAACACACGGUCAAAGCCAUAUACAUCUCUCCUUUUCAUUUCUUGCUCUUACAAUAGGAUAUAUGUAGAGACAGAACCCAUCCAAGAGUUCCAUCUGCUGUUAAAUUUCAUUUUACCCUUUAGAUCAGUUUUUCUCAACCUCAACAACUUUAAGGUGUGUGGACUUC